CUUGUUACUAGUAGCGAUGCACUUGUUACUAGUAGCUUCUUGUUCCUAGUUGACAGAAUUCCUCUUGUCUCUAUGACAGAAUUGCGGGAGCGCGCUGAAGCACAGCACGAGCUCAAGGCAAAGACUGCUGUGGCGCCAAAGGGGUUUGAUUUUCUCGGAUCUGCAAGAAAGGAGACCAUCUCGGCAGGACAAAUAGAACAGGUUGAAAGCUUCGCUAAAGCGGCGAACAAGACCAAAGGAGAGUUUGAUGUCAGCCAAGAUACACCAAAAGCUGGCCGAAAGCAUUCCGAAACUCCUUCUAUACAAAGGGAACUUGUAUAGUUCGAUGUACUUUUGUGUUAGGAACAUUCUAUGGGAUCCUAUUGAAUAUUGGAUGAAGUUAGCUGUUUAAACUUGUUGUUUGUAAUGGAAUUCUUGGCCACUUGAGGACGACGGAAAGAGAGAGGCAAUCGCAAAGAUUCAGGCCGCGCAACGCGGAGUUGAAGAUCGCCGCCUAUUUCUGAAAGAGCUUGCUUCGGAGCAAGGGCAGGAGGGUGAUGCAAAGAAUCAGACAGCGACUGGACACAUGGGCUCGGAGAAGGUGCCUACCACUGCAGUCGACGAGCAAGAAGCAGCGAAGAAGAUCCAAUCUUUGCAAAGAGGCAGGCAGUGCAGGCAACAACUUGCAGCGGACAAAGAGAAAAAACAGAAGGAGGUUGCAGCAGUUAAGAUUCAGAAGUUACACCGCGGCAACAGCUGUCGCCUUCAAGUUGCCACAGCGCGAAAACAAAAGGAGGCUGCAGCCGUCAAGAUUCAGAAGUUACAGCGCGGCAACAGCUGUCGCCUUCAAGUUGCAACAGAGCGAAAACAAAAGGAGGUUGCAGCUGUCAAGAUUCAGAAGGUACAGCGCGGCAACACCUGUCGCCAGCAGAUUGCCGCGGAGCGUGCUUUGGAGAGACAGAAGCACGAAGCGGCCAAGAAGAUUCAGUCAUUGGAAAGGGGCCGGCAGUGCAGACAAGAAGGGAAACAGAGGAAUCUUGCAGCAACUAAGAUUCAGAAGAUCCAACGGGGCAAGGCUGGCCGAAAAGAGUUCGAGCGCGAGAAAGCACGGCAGUUGGAACACGAAGCCGCAAAGGCAAGGAGAAACAAAUCCUCUCCAUCUUCUCCCCGAGGCAUUCCGACUUCACCAAAGGAACCAAAGAAGCGCGCUCCCAGUGCCAACAGCUCCAAGCGACUGCGGACUUACCAACUCUUACAGCAAAUAUACCCUGCCAACUCUGAACAUGAGCUCCGAGAGCCACAAGGCAGAGCUCAAGACGGAGGCGACCCUGCUUCUCAAAAGUUCACAGGCUGCCAGCGGUUUGCAGCAAAGCUUGCAGAGCUGCGUGCGAGGCCCAAACCUGAUCCGGUGGAACAACAAACGAUGGCUGCCAUGAUGCUUCAGGUGUGCUUGAGGAGUUUGAUCGCUCGGCAGCAGAUGAUGGCUGUCAAAAUUCAGGCCUUUUAUCGCGGUUGGAAAGGCCGGCGACGCUUUCGCUCAAAGCUUGCAGCUCACCGGGCGCAGGAGAGCUUUGUACUUCAUACAAAGCACUACACAAAAGAGCGCAAAAGGUGCGCCCCGCCGGCGCAUAUCCAAACUUGGCCACCUCUAAGCGUGCUUUGGCCAGAAGCCCUGAUGGGCGCAGGCUACCGACUUCCUCGCCCACCUCCCCACGAUUCUACGGGAAGCCACUGGCCUGAGAUGGUCUAUGUCCGAUACAUGGAGAUGAUGUGCAACACCCGAUGGGAAAGUGUCAGAGUUUGCGUAUUGAUUCAGAUGAAGCUUGGGCACAACCCAUUUGAGAUUCCCCAGGUCAAAACGGGCCAACCGCGUGCAUCAAAUUGGAGGUUCUGAACAGCCUGCAGUUUUUGCCCAACGCCGUGGUCAACAGAGCACAUCCCUGCAGCAGCACAAAAGAUCAGAGUGCUGCCCUCGAUGGAUUCGCAAGGUCUUGG